GGAGCGAGGGGAGGAGAGAGGGAGGGAAAGAGGAGGAGGAGAAGUAAGACUUUUUAAGCUUGGCGCAAACCCGCAGGAGUCAGAGUGGACUCCAUCUCUCACACAUGAGCAGGAUCUAAUCGCCAUCAUUCAAAGCUGGCCAAGAUGAUCUCACGGAUUUCUCCCUGGUUUGUUGGAUUAUUUCUCAACGUGCUGAGCUGCUCCUCCGGGUACCAGAUGGACGACCCAGGCUCUCAGGGAGACCUGAACCUGACUGAGCUGAUUGGCGUCCCCCUCCCGCCUUUCGUGUCCUUCGUCACGGGCAUGCACGGCUACCCCGCCUACAGCUUCGAAACGGACGCCAACGUGGGCCGCCUCACCAGGUCGUUCAUCCCCGACCCCUUCUACUACGACUUUGCCAUCACCGUCAUGGCCAAGCCCACCACGAGGCGGGGCGGCGUCCUCUUCGCCAUCACGGACGCAUCCCAAAAAGUGGUACAGUUGGGCGUGGCGCUGUCCGAGGUGGAGGACGGUUCUCAGAGGGUUAUCUUCUAUUACUCUGACCCCGCGACAGGAGGCAAGACACAGGAAGCAGCUUCCUUCAAAAUGGGGGACAUGACGGGAAGGUGGGCCAGGUUCACCAUUACGGUGCAAGGCGCAGAGGUGCGGCUCUUCAUGGACUGCGAGGAGUACCACCGUGUCGCCUUCACCAGGAGCCCCCAGCCUUUGACCUUCGAGACCAGCUCGGGCAUCUUUGUAGGGAAAGCCGGAGGUACCGACCUGCCCAGCUUUGUGGGCUCCAUCCAGCAGCUGUUGCUCACGUCCGAUCCCACGGCCCCGGAUGACCAGUGUGAGGAAGAUGACCCUUAUGCAUCCGGAUACGGAAGCGGCGAUGACACAUACGAGGACAUGGAGGGAGAAGAAGAGGUGAAGAAGGUUUUGGAAGAGAGAGAGUAUACAGAGGUGGACCCCGCCUACGGCAGCCCAGUCCAAGCUCCGCCCACUGAGAUGUCAGGUGGUUUCAGUGAUAAUGAUGAUGAUGGUGAAGAAGACGUUGAGGAUGCUUCAGGGCAGGAAGUGGAGGCUGCCAGUACUGCAGUGGCACCAACACAUAGCACAGCGACAACAACCUCCAAACCAGACUCUUACCUGCAGGUGUCCACAACAGGACUGGAAGGUGACAGAGGUGAACCAGGUCCACAAGGACCCGCCGGCCCUGCCGGAGAAGGUGCUGGAUUAGGAGCCGAGCCUGGACCUCGUGGUCCACCGGGUCCUCGGGGACCUUCAGGCCCACCCGGAGCUGCGGGGAAAGAUGGCCAGCCCGGAAGCAAAGGGGAAACUGGCGCUCUCGGAGCAAAUGGCAUUCCAGGAUUCCCCGGGCUUCAAGGAGAGCCAGGACCCAAAGGAGAAAAGGGUGAUACUGGGGUUGGAAUGCCUGGUCUUCCAGGACCUCCUGGAGCUCCAGGGCGCGUAUCCUUCCUGGAUGGCUCAGGUUCAGGUUUGGAGGACUUUGAUGGAGAUGCAGAAAUCAUCCGAGGACCCCCUGGUGCUCCCGGACCCCGAGGACCCCCUGGAGCACCGUCUGAGGCUGGCAUACCUGGACCACCUGGGCCUCCUGGGAAAGACGGGGAGAAUGGAAAACCCGGACUUCCUGACGUGUCGUUUAGCGGCUCCGGUUCUGGUUCUUUGUCUGGUCAGGGAGUGGAGGGAAACGAUGGAGAGCAAGGACUUGCUGGAGAGAAAGGAGACAAGGGAGAACCCGGAGUGAGCGGCGGACCAGGACUGAAGGGAGAUCUGGGCCCUGCAGGAUUUCCAGGACUUCCGGGUCCAGAGGGGACAUCUGGUCCCAGAGGUCCACCGGGCCCUCCUGGACCUCCCGGACCACCCGCUAAAGGCUCUCUCUUUGAAUUUGAGGACUUGGAAGGGUUUGGAUCGGGACAACCAGGAGUGCCAGGACUUCGAGGAGCCAAGGGUGAAGAAGGUCUGCAGGGUCCUGCAGGAGAGCCAGGUCUUAAGGGGCAGCCCGGUGCUGCAGGUCCACCAGGGCCCGCAGGACCAGAAGGAGCGAAAGGUUCAGAGGGUCCUAAAGGAGACGUUGGUGCCCUAGGACUUAAGGGGGAGCCAGGACGGGAUGGACUUAGCCUACCUGGCCCUCCAGGACCUCCUGGCCCUCCAGGAUCUUUCAUCAACUUCCAGGAGCUGCUACUUAACGACACUGAUGGCGUCUACAAUCUCUCGGGGAUUCUCGAGGCUCAGGGUCUCGCAGGACAACCAGGCCUUAAGGGAGACACUGGACUGCAAGGUCUUCAAGGACCUUCAGGACUCAAGGGCGAAAAGGGCGAGCCAGGAAUUAUCAUCGAUGAGAAUGGAUCCACGUCAAGCCUGUCUGAUCUCGUGGGACAUAAAGGGGACAAGGGUGAUGAAGGUGCAAGUGGUCCUGCUGGGACACCAGGACCAAUGGGAAUGCCUGGUCCUAAGGGAGAAUUUGGCUUCCCAGGAAGACCAGGACGUGUGGGAGUUUCGGGACCAAAAGGAGAGAAAGGAGACUCAACCGGCCAGCCUGGAUUUCCAGGCCCUCCUGGACCACCGGGUCGUCCCGGGAUAUUCCGAUACCCCCAAGGAGCGGUGUUCCCCAUCCCUCCUCGGCCUUUCUGCAAAUUGCCUCUCAAUGGAACCAUGACCAUCGGCAACUGUAAAGACGGAGAGAAAGGAGAAAAGGGAGAGCGAGGCCUUCCCGGUGUCCCAGCGCCACCUCAGUUUAUGAGAGGAGGCUGGGGAAUGAAGGGUGAGCGAGGCAUCAAAGGAGAAAAUGGCCAGAAGGGGGAUACAGGGUCACCCGGGCAACCAGGCAGCCCUGGGAGACAAGGACUGGUGGGGCCCAAAGGAGACUCCUUGGUCGGCCCUCCAGGCCCGCCCGGUGCAUCUGGCGCCACAGGCUUCGGACAAACGGGACCACCUGGACCUCCGGGACCACCAGGCCCUCCAGGAGGUCAUGGAGGGUACAGCUCAGGUGCAGGCUCAGGUGGAAACGCUUUGACUUACACCGGACCCCCCGGACCACCUGGACCUCCCGGCCCACGCGGAGGAGGCUUUGCUGCUGCGAAAACCUUUGCCACCGUGGAGGCGAUGAUGCAACAGACGGUCAGAGACGCCGAGGGGACGCUGGUCUUAGUCACAGGGACAGGAAGUCUCUUCCUCAAGGUCUCACAGGGAUGGAAGGAGAUACAGCUUGGCAGUCUGCUCCAGCACACCAAUAACGUCAUAACACAACCUGAGCCUCGGACUGCACAGCUGAUCAAAGCCGACAGAAUCAAGCGAGUGCCCUCGAUUAAAGACCGACUCAACCUGGUGGCCCUCAACCAGCCGCACUCGGGCGACAUGAUGGGCCUGGACAACGUCGACCAGCUGUGCUACCAGCAGGCCAAAGCCAUGGGCCUGCCCAACAGCUACAGAGCCUUCAUCUCCUCCAGCAAGCAGGACCUGGUCCACGUGGUCCACCCCGUCUUCAGGGAGACCCUGCCCGUGACCAACCUCAGGGGGGACGUGCUCUUCGUGAACUGGAGGUCCAUCUUUAACGGCGAAGGGGGCGCCAUCAACCCCAGGAUACCAAUUUAUUCCUUUGACGGACGGGACGUUCUCGCGGACCCCUUUUGGCCUCGGAAGAGCGUCUGGCACGGCUCCACCAGCAGGGGGCUGCGCGUGGUGGACAAGCACUGCGAAACGUGGCGGGCCGACCACAUGUCCGUCACGGGCCAGUCCUCCAGCCUGACCUCGGGUCUGCUCCUGGGCCAGGACACGCGGAGCUGCUCCAACGAGUACAUCGUCCUGUGCGUGGAGACACACAAGAACCCUUAGCGCCGCCACGCCGCCACAGACUGUGCUGUCGUCGAAGGUGCUAAAACCGCGCCGUCCCGUUUUGUCGUCCCUUCGGCACAUAAAAUGGAGCGUUGAUGGAGGGCCACUUUUCACUUAGUUGUAGGCAAUGAUUCCAUACAAAAUGUGCUAGAUGUUAGCCUAAUCUAUGCAGCCAAGAGACCAAAUUGACACAUUCCAAUAAAAUUGUCCACCAUGAAGAUGAAGAAGUCCUACAUUAGCAGGGAACUUGAGGCUUUUUUUUUGUUAUGUUUACAGUUUGUCAUGGAGAUUUCUUUCAAAAACAGUAUUUAACUUUGAUCACAGUUUGUUUCCACUAUUUCCAUUCUUUCUGCCCUUCCAGUGACCACCAAAUUGAAAUGCACUGUACUUCAAUCUUUGUUUUCAGCUCAAUAGGCUAUCUAAUUUAAGUCCAGUGAAUUAUUUAUACCGUCACUGCACAUAAACAUGAAAUCAGAAGAUCUAAGAAUGUAAUUUAUUAUUUGUCUCAUGUUGUGUCUCUUUAUUAUUUUGUACUUUGUGGGGUUUUUUUGCAACUAGUAGAAUGCAUGAAUGGAGAUGAGUUCACAUGCAUUGACUUGAUGCUGGACUUUUUUUUUUUGCAUUUUAUCUCGCUACAUUAUUUUGUGCUGAAAAAUAAAAUGUUGAAAAAUUCCUAAAGGAAAAA